UUGCUUGCUUGCGUGCAGCUGCAGAUGCUGGAUCCUUACACCGUGGGAUAUCGUCAUCCACAACCUCACCUCCUCCUCUUCCUCCUUUCUACUCUACCAACAUCUACUGCAGUGUCGCUUGUCCGACCUCCCCUUUCACUCCAAACAACGCACCAAGCAAAUACUUCCAGCAAUCGGCAAUGAUGAUUUAGGCACCACCCAAUUCGCAACGACAACAUCGCGGAGUCUCUCCUUGCUCCACUUCUUUGUUCACUCCUCUCUUUCCCUUCUUGCUGAACACCCCAGCACCUGCAUUGUCUCCUUUUCUCCCUUUCUCCUCGUAGAAACCCGAACGCAAUUCUCGCAAUCCACCCUAUCUCGCCCCCAAUUGUGUCGUAACGUCCUCUUCAUCUCCUCUCCGUCCUCCCUCUCCCCUUCUUCUUCCUAGUCUGUGUGUGAUUUCGGUUGUUGGGUGUUUCUCCCCCCGUCGUGAGUUUGUUUCAAUUCGGCUCUUUCUGUGCUACGCGUUGUCUCCUUCCUUGCUGUUGGAGAGGUUUAUACAACCGGGUCCCUGCGAUGUCACUACUUUCGACUGACUUGGUGCACGAAUGGCGCACUUCUCUCCCUGUCCAUGCCUCCCCCGUUGUUAGCAGCAACGUUCGACCCAGUUCUUGCGGUUUCAGAUCCAAACUGAAAGGCGGAAAGGUUGGUCCAUUAAGUACCAUGCCGGUGCUGGGUUUGGUUGGGUCAAAGCGUUCGGGAGUGUUGUGCGCUGCAACAAAGGAAGGGAAGGAGAAAGAGCAGGACACCAAGGAUAUAGAUGCUGAGACCGUGACAAAGAAAUAUGGACUUGAAGCAGGGCUAUGGAAGAUCUUCUCUUCGAAGGACAAAGAAAACAGUCCAGAGCAGGGGACCAAAACUAAUCAAGCAAAGGAACUUUUGAAGCGCUAUGGAGGAGCCUAUUUGGUGACAUCAAUUUCACUGUCUAUAGUUUCAUUCUCACUGUGUUACGUUCUUGUACAAGCUGGGGUGGACGUUACCAGCUUGUUGGACAAGGUUGGCAUUCACGCGAAUGACACUGGAGAGAAAGUUGGAACAUUUGCACUGGCCUACGCUGCGCACAAGGCACUGUCACCAGUUCGAUUCCCCCCAACAGUAGCCCUCACUCCUAUUGUAGCUGGCUGGUUCGGGAAGAAGCCGGAGGAUGAUAAUGACAAGACGUGUUCGUAAAUCGGUCGUUGGUGAUUCUCCUCUGCUUUUGUAUGUACAGUAACCUAUCCACUUGGAAGUAGGGUGUGAGGAGACGUUUCCUAAUAUUGAACAAAGGCAGACAUACAUAUCUAGUGCCCCACGUUGUGCAGCAGUUCAUAUUAAGAUACUGAUUGUAAUACCAUUUAAGUUAAUGAAAACAAAUUAUCGCGAUA